AUGUUUAAAGCUGAUUUGGUUAUUUUCUCUGUUUCUCUCAUCUCAGAACAUACUGGUGAGAUGGCUGAUAUAAAGCCAAAUGCACAAGAGAACAAAGAAGGAGAUGUGGUGGAACCAGUGUGUGACAGCUCCGGUGCCACUCAGGAGCCAUUACAGUGUCACACGUCUUCCCUGAAGAACAAUGCUGCAGGUCUGUCAGAGCAGCUGUCUUCUGACGGACUCCCAAACCCUUUAAAUGGAGCACAGCCCAGUUCAUUUGUACCCAACAGUGUCCCUGCUGUUCCCCACACAGCCAAAGCAGCCCAUUCACUGCCUUCAGGAGCACUUGUUAAUGGACCUGGUUCACACCCUGCCUCAGAGGAGAGCUGUGGCCUGAACAAAAACAGCACAAUGUCCAACAAUGUCCUGAUGGAGGCCCAGGACGCCCAACUACGGCAAACUGGGAGGGACACAAGCCCUCAGGUGUUACCACCACCCAGUGAGCUUCAAUCAGACGCCCUGAAGAACCCAGCAGGGCUCGUUCUGAAAACACUAGUCACCACGCAGCCAGGGGCCAACAACACGUCACCAUCAGACUCUGAGGCUAGUGAGGCUGAACUGUCCUACCAGGCCCCCAACACCACCUUGUCAGGCCACAGUCCACAGUCACACCAAACGCCAAUUAACCAAAUAUGGACGGCCGAGGGAGUCAAGGCUAGAGCUAGAUCUAUAUGGGACUUAAACACCACAGAGUCCUCUGAGUGCUCGUCGGACGGUUCUGAUGGGGCUGAAGCACUAUGCUGGGAUUCACAAAAAGAGCUCAUGCGGGUGUUGUGGAAGAAUCGCACAGUUGACAGCAGCUUAGAGACAAACGCUGCAGGAGCGAUGCCUCAGCUUACCAACCGAAGACAGAGGAAGCGUAAAAUACACCUGGUGGGUACGGCAGGCUCUCCUGAAAAGGUUUACAACUGCAGCUCAAAUCACACCUACAAAAAGUGGCAUAUUGAAGAGGAGGAGGAUGAUGAGGAGGAUUUUGACAUCUCCAACAUAAAUGAAGAUGAUUCCUCUUGUAAAAAGGCUGAUGUACAAUCUUCUGUGAAUUCAUGUCAAGAGCAUCCCAGUGACAGCCCUGUAAUCAUCAAGAAGCUGAUUGUAAGAGCAGAUUGCCACGAGGACAAUCACUCCGACUCCCUCUUUAGUAGAAAGCCCAAACAGCUUAAGACAGAGCAAUCUGAACAAGAGCCAUCGUUCUUCCCUUGCACAAAGUGCAAUGUUAAUUUCAAGGAGAAAAGGCAUUUGCAUAGACAUAUGAUGUAUCAUUUAGAUGGGCAAAAUCAUCAGGUACACCACCACGAGAAAGUUCCCCGGCCUUUUAUAUGCAGGGAGUGUGGGCGUUCGUUCCGCGAUCGCAGCUCCCUCCUCAAGCACAUGAUUAUCCACCAGGAGAGACGGGACAAACUCAUGGAGGAGAUACAGGGACUCAACAAACUCCAAGACGAAGGCAGGAACGCCAAGCUCCAGUGCCCGCAGUGUGUGUUCGGGACCAAUUGCCCCAAGGCGUUCGUCCAGCACGCCAAGACACAUGGCAAGGAUAAACAUUAUUACUGCUGCGAGGAGUGCAACCACAUGGCAUUGACGGAACGGGAGCUGGAAGCACACCUGUACACGGUGCACUGUGACACACUGAAGUCCAAAUGCAAGAACAUGAUCAAAGAUGAGGAGUCAGAGUUUCUUACAGAUAACAAUGAUGAAUCAAGUCAUGUUCUGUUUCACUGUAAAGUGUGCCCUUUCAGCACCCAGAAUGAAGAUGUCCUUAAAAGGCAUCGUGAGCUGAUACACCAGCAGUCUGAUUAUGAUGAUGAAUGUGAAAAUCCACCAUUUAAAAAAGCACUUAACUAUCCAGAUCAAUAUAGCUUCACUGACCCGUCCAAAAAAGCAGCAGAUUUAAAACUACUGCAGCUAAAGCCAAAGUUCUGUAUUAAAAAGCCUGCUUUCUGGAAAAGAGCGGAUUUCCGCUUUUGGUCCGGUAAUGUAGCUGACUUUUACAUGAGAGAUACAGCAGACACACAGACGUCUUACAAAGGUCUUACCUCCUCUCAGUUCAAGUGCCGCAUUGUCAGCUCAGCAAACAAGCUGUCACCAUCCCUGUGGAGGAGUGACAAGCCAAGCAAAUUAUCUCCUAAACCAACAGAGAAAAUAGACGUGACAACAGGUCUCCCUUAUGUUGAGGAAGACAAUCAACUAUACGACCAUGUGGUUUCAGGAAUCUCCGAAAGGACAAAAUAUCCCUCAAAUGUUGAUGUGUUGCUUACAUCCAAGACGGUUAAACCAGGCCAGAUGCUGUAUUAUAGCUACGACUCUGACAACAGUCAGGGAGGUAGCAACGACUUGACCGGCAGGAAGUCAGAGGCACAAACCGUUACCCAAAAGACUCCAUCCAAAAGAAAAAUGUCCACUCCCUUCCGCAACAGUGUGGACAAGGUGGUUGAUCAUGUUUUGCCAAAACUGAACCCAAAGUUAAAGGAGUCUAGCACUCCUGAGGACACAGAGGGAGACGAUAAUUAUGAGGACACGUAUGACUUUAGUGCUUACACCAGCGAGGCUACAGCCAACUUCCUGGAUAGUAGUGAGAACGAGAGGAACCCCUACGCCCGUAGCUACUUCAUACGCAGACAGAGGGGUUCUUCUAUCAAAGAAGAUCCUGCACCUGCUGCUGGCGUCGGCCAUUUUGAAAAGAACCCCAUUCAGGCUGGCCACCAUUUUAAUAAGACUGAAGACAAGGACGGGGAGUAUGACAGCGAUGACAUACAGAAGCUUAUCAUCAAAGAGGAGUGUAUAGAAAGCUCAGUGUGUGACGAUUCUCCAGAGUCACCCACCACCACCAGCACACACAACCAGAGUCUCUCCUAUGACUGUGAUGUCUCCCCUUCUUUUGGGACAGAAAGGAAGUCCUGCCCCUACUGUCCUGCUAUGUUUGAGUCUGGGGUGAGCUUAUCCAAUCACGUGCGAGGGCACCUGUACAGGGUGGGGCUGAGUUAUGACGCUCGCCACGUGGUGUCACCUGAGCGGGUAGCCUCACAGGACCGACAGCCACGCAUACGCAGGAAGGUACCCUCUGUGGUGCGGAGGAUCAAAAAAGGUGAGCAACGUAUUUAAUUUCCCCUAUUUAAUAUUAGUUAAAUUAAUAUAUUAAUAACUUAUUGUUUUCUUCACUAUUGUAUUGUAAUAGGGUUAAAGUAAUCUGUAAUUACACAGUAACUAUACUUGUGACUGUUUUUUUCACAGUCAAGUGUGUCAUGUUAUUUUUCUAUAGAUAGUGUGUAAUAUUCAAAGUUACCACAAAGUUAGCUAGUAAUUUACCUAGAUCACUCUGGAUAAGAGCAUCUGGUAAAUGUCUAAAAUGUAAAUGUAGAUAGUUUGUUAAAACCUAACCUUUUUUAUAAUCUCUAUGUUGCAGCUGAGAAGCCAGAGUCUCAGGCGGAGCACACCUGUCCCCUGUGCUGGGGCUGGUUCGACACCAAGACGGGGCUCUCCAACCACGUGAGGGGCCACCUGAAGCGAUUAGGGAAGACCAGCACCAGCACCAGUAAGAGUCCAGUGUGUAUCCUCAAUGAGCUGCUACAGGACGAGCGGGAACACCAGAACAUCCUCCAGACCCUCAACAAGUAC